CAAACUACUACUUAAUCGUGUAGAGUUAAGGAAACCAACAGAUUGAAAACCUCCAUCUUUACAACCAAUCAAUGGAAACAUCAAUCAAUCACGUCAUUCUCUCGCGAUUACACCCAAUUCCCAGAAAACCUCCAUCGCGAUUACACCCAAUCCCCAGAAAAGCUCAAACCUGCCUUCUUCCUCGCGGGAAGCCAUCGCCGGGGCUGCUAAUUGCCAGAAAAAACAUCGUACACCAAAUUACCAGAUCUGCUGCUUUUACUUCCAGACCGGUGAUUAUCUCCAGAGCUGCCACUUACACCAAAAAACAUCGCCAGAGCUGCCGCGAUUACCUCCAGAGAGUUUGGUGUACUGCCUUCUUCCUCAAGACCCCAAGCAGUGCUGCUCGCUCUUGUUCCCUCCAGGCGUCGACGACCUGGCCACAUCAAUCAACUGACGUUAUUUAAAGCACCGGGACAAGGUUCGGUACACCAUGUCUAAUCAACCACGAAGGCGUCCUACUAAAUCGCAGCCGGAAAACAAAAAUUCAGACAGCAGGAUGCGGGUACAUGUUGGAUAUGCUAAUCAUGACCGUGCUGCUCUGCAAGAUAUUACUAACGGAUCUGCUCAGUCCAUUAAUUCGGCUCAAGCUCAGCAUCCCACCCAAAGUACUCUCACAUUUCAGGGUGCAACAAUGCCAGGUACCUCGUGCAUUCAGGAAUUAGAAGCACACGAUGCUCCAGCCCACGAUUAUGCAAACAUAAAGGAAAACAAAAAUCAAGCUAGAAGGGAUCGAGACCAAGCACGCCGGUGUAAGCAAACACCCGAGGAGAGGGAGGCCAUCAAUGCCCGUAGACGGGAUCGAUACAGAGCACGCCAGAAUAAACAAACACCUGAGGAGAAGGAGGCCAACAAUGCCUGUAGAAGGGAGUGACAGAGAGAAUGCCGGGAUAAUCAAACACCCAAGGAGAAGGAGGCAGGCAGUGUCCGCAAAAAUGAGCGAUACAUAGCUCGCCGGGAUAAUCAAACGCCCGAGGAGAAGGAGGCAGGCAGUGUCCGUAGAAAUGAGCGAGACAAAGGUCGCCGGGAUAAUCAAACGCCCGAGCAGAAGGAGGCAGGCAGUGCCCGUAGAAGGGAGCGAUAUAGAGCGACGCUGGCAGCUAGGAGAGGCACCCCAUGCGCUGAAUCCAUCGCGAUGCCAUGCCCAGAUCAAUCUGCCUCCGGCCAGGUGACGGACGCUCCGGCUUCGCUUGCCUCCCAGCCGGGGCCUUCAUCACCAACGUUCACCAUCGGAAUUGACGGUGACAAGGAAGCCUUCCUCAAGCGUCUCAUGGAGGCCGAGGAAGGAACACCCUUUUGCCGUGUAACAUGUGACAAGGACGCCUGCCAGGAUGCCGCUUCCGAUGAGUUGAUGGAUGAUGAGUACUAUAUUUUUUCUGCUGAAUGUUGUAAUGACGAAUACAUGGACAUCAACGCGCCAACGGGGGACGCUCCUGUUAGCGAUGUCAUCGACCCAUUCGAUUUCGUCUACUCCAACGUCCCCGAAAGAACCCAUAGCCUGAAGCAAGUUGACGACUGCAGGCACUGUAAAGCCAAGAAUUUUGAGCACGAGACCGGCGGUUUCUACUGUCGGGGAGGAAAGAUACAGCUCGCCGACGCGGUGCCAGAUGAGGACCCAGAGUUUAUGAGGCUCUGGUCUAGCGCUGAUGCAGACUCGCGCCAUUUUCGGGACAGCAUUCGGUACUUCAACAGUCACUUCUCCUUCACGACCCUAGGCGUCAGUCUUGACAACAACUAUACAAACAUGAGAUCUGGGGUAUACACGUUUCGGGCUCACGGAACAAUUUACCACAAUGUGCAUUCUUUUGGGCCUGGGUCGAAGUCAGAACAUCUACAACUCUACUUCUUUGACGACGACCCAAGUCUAAGCCAUCGCGCAGAAGCUACCAACAUACUGGACCAAGAUGUGGUCAAGAAGGUAGCCAAUAUCAUGAGAGGAAACCCCUACUCCGAGACGUUUAGGAGUCUAGGGGCUUGUGAGGGCAGCCUCGCGGAGUACCGUAUCGACCUAAACACCGACAAGAAGUUGGAUCAACGGACAUACAACACACCGAUUGCUUCAGAGGUGGCUGCUAUCUGGGUAGAGGGCACCGACUUGGCAAGGAGGUUUCAACACAACAUAACUCUGUAUGGGGACAACAACGAGAGGUAUGGCAUACAUGCCACGCAAGGCUGCUAUGACCCGCUCUCGUACCCGCUAUUCUUCCCAAAGGGGGAGCUCGGGUGGCAUCCCAACAUACCCAAACGAGGCGUAAAUUGGGAGCUUGCCCAACGGUCAAGGGUGUCUACCAACGACGAUCCAGAUGCAGGUCACCAUCUAUGUGUAUCUGUUAGGGACUACUACUGUUACAGGUUACAGACGCGACCUGCGAUAUUCAACCCGAUACUGCACGGAGCACGGCUGUUCCAGCAGUACGCAGUCGACAUGUAUAUAAAGAUCGAGGGCACCAGGUUGAAAUGGUUUCGGGACAACCAGCCACUGAUUCGAGCUGACCUGUACAAAGGAGUGGUUGAUAGCAUCGCAGCCGGGGAGACUCGAGCGAGCCAGAUCGGCAAAAGAAUUGUGCUCCCAUGGUCAUUCCAAGGGGGUGACAGAUGUAUGAAGCGAAGGCACAUGGAUGCAAUGGCGUUGGUGCAAAAGUACGGCAAGCCGGACAUCUUCCUGACAAUGACCUGCAACCCCAAUUGGGACGAGAUUGUCAAAGAGUUGUUGCCUGGCCAGACUCCUCAGGACCGAUGGGAUCUUGUCGUUCGUGUAUUUAGAGCCAAGCUUGAAGUCUUAAAGGAGAUGCUUCUGAAGAAACACAUCCUUGGAGUUGUCAAAGCGUGCGUUCAUGUUGUCGAGUUCCAAAAGAGAGGCCACCCACAUGCCCACUUCCUGCUAAUCAUGGAUUCCAGAUAUAAGCUCGUGAUGCCUGAGCAAUAUGACCGCCUAAUCUCAGCCGAGCUCCCAGACAAGCACAAGUACCCAGAGCUUUACGCCAUGGUUGUCAAGCACAUGAUGCAUGGCCCGUGUGGUGUUCUCAAACUCAAGAACGUGUGCAUGCAGGACGGGUUGUGUAAAAACAAAUACCCAAGGCCAUUCAACAGUACUACCAUGCAGGGGAAAGACUCCUUUCCAGUGUAUCGUUGACGGGACAACGGUCGCACCGCUCGUGUACGAGGCCAGACGCUGGAUAACAGAUGGAUCGUGCUGUACAACCCUUACCUGCUUCGUAUGUUCAACUGCCACAUUAACGUCGAGGUGUGCUCCAGCAUCUGCGCGGUGAAGUAUCUGUACAAGUACAUCUACAAGGGAGGGGAUCGCACGUCGAUGAACUGGGAACAGCCUGACAGCGAAGGCAACAUCGACGAGAUUAAAAGAUAUGUUGACGCGAGGUGGGUUACCCCACCAGAAGCUUGUUGGAGGAUCUUUGGGUUCGACCUCCAUGAUAACAAUCCGUCGGUGCUGCAGCUGCCGCUUCAUCUUCUGGGUAUGCAUAUGGUGUUGUUCAACGCAAAUCAGGACCUUAGAGAUGUGGCCGCGCAGGAGAAAGCAUCAAAGUCGAUGCUAACAGAGUAUUAUGAGGCCAACAAAAUACACGAGAAGGCAAGAACUAUAUUAUACAAGGAUUUUCCAGAAUGGUUCAGAUGGGUGCCAGCAGAAAAGUAUUGGAAGGAAAGGGAACAACGGCCCCAGGUAGGCCGAAUCGUGUCAGCCCAUCCGGCGGAGGGAGAUAGAUACUAUCUGAGGGUGUUGCUUAACCAUGUCGCAGGCUCUACUUCCUUUGAAGACCUACGAACAGUUGAUGGCAUCCUAUGUCCAACCUUUCGGCAGGUUGCCGAAAGGAGGGGUCUUAUCGAGGCCGACAACACGCUCGACGAGUGCCUCACGGAGGCGGAACAGUGGGCUAUGCCAUCAUCGCUUCGAAGGUUGUUCGCAACAAUCCUGGUAUUCUGUGAGGCUGGAGAUCUGCGUGGUCUCUAGGAUAGGCACCUCGACGGAAUGUCAGACGACUUCAGACGGUCCCUCACUUGUCCGAUCGAGGUAGAGCAGAAGGUAUUGCUUGAAAUAAGGGGCAUGCUGUAGUCCAUGGGCAAAGAAAUAACGUCCUUCCCUCUUCCGAGUAUCGACGAAACAUACGACGACACCGAGGGCGAGGCUAGGGAGAUAAUCGAGGAGUCCAAUAUCCAGGUCGACGUGGCAGACACUUCUCUAGCAUCCUCCCUUAACGCGGAGCAGAGGUCCGCCUACGAUGAGAUACUGGCAGCUGUUGACAGCGGUGCUGGAGGAGUGUUUUUUGUUGAUGGGCCAGG